UGGACGACUCUUGUAAAUAUGUUUUAAAAUAGCCGCGCGUGCGCAGUACGCAUCGGCGUGUCGACUAGGGCAAUGAGGACAGGUGAAUUUGAUUCUUCUGAUGAAGAGGACUUUGGUGAAGUGGAAGCCACACCUUUUCAGAUCUCAUGGUUGUCUCUAUCAGUGGUGGAGUGUUCCCAGUCUCUUGGCAUUUGUUCCUUACCUGGAUGCAGAUAUAAAGAAACCAGACGAAACCUGCAGAAAGAUGUUGCUGAGAUGUGUGAUCAGGGUGUGGAGGACGUGUUUGUGUUCUGUACCAGAGGAGAGCUGGUGCGUUACAGGGUGCCCUGUCUGUUAGAGGUUUAUUCUCUGAAUGGACUCCGAGUGCACCACCUCCCCUUCCCGGACGGGAACACCCCAGAGCUUCCGCAAUGCAGCUCCAUUCUGGAAGAACUGCAGGACUGCCUGCAGAAUCAGCGCAGGACUGUCAUACAUUGUUAUGGAGGCCUGGGGCGCUCAGGGUUAAUUGCUGCUUGUUUGCUGCUGCAGCUCUCUGUCUCGAUGACACCCAGUGUUGCUCUUGAGAUCCUGAGGGAGCUGAGAGGAGGAGGAGCUAUUCAGACCGUCAAGCAAUACAACUUCCUUCAUGAGUUUCGGGAGAAGUUUGAAGCAUAUCAAGAAGCCAAAGAACGACUUUCAGAGAGAUCGGUAUCCCGAUGAUCAUCCUGACAUCCAGAUGAUUCCUGGCUGUGUAAGUGAGGGAGAAAUGUGGAUCUGACCGAGCACCAUAACACUCAUGUAGCCAAUCAGUGAUGGGGCAUUUACUGUAUGCUCAUGGUGGGGAGGAGAGAGCCUGAGCAAGCUUGACUAGACUAGAAAGAGAGAUGGCUGAUGCAUUACCAAGAGAAAAAUGUCACAAGAAUAUCAUUAAAAGAGGGCUUACAAUCAGGCAAACUCUAGGACCUGCAUUGAUAUGGGGAAAGCUUUCGGCACCAAUGUUGCUGUUUCCUCUCGGUAUGUAAAAUAGGUUUUGCUAUAUUUCACAAAACCAAGACAUGCUGUUGUAAUAUUAUCUAUAGCGCUGCUGGUGCUUGGCUAUUACAAAAAGCAUUUCAUCAUUGGCUAUUACAGCUAUGAUGAAAGCAUCCAUUUUGGCGCACUGACUGUAAAGUGGUCAUUAGUAAGGACGUUUAAAAAGUUUGCCGGAAGUGAACCUUGGUAACAUGAACCAAACAUUU